UUUCCCUCUCCUCCUCCAGCUCCAGUACUCCUUCUCCUUCUUCUUACAUUUUUCUGCAUAUCCACGUUACCUGCCACCGAGAUGACUCCCUCCUCUUCAUUAAAUUUCGGCAUCACCCAGUACCCCAACUCCUUUCUGCAAAUCCAUGGAACCAGUUUCUCUCUUCUGUAAAAACGAAGAUCCAACAGGUUUUCAUGCUUCCCAUGACUCCAUCCUCUUCAUUAGAAGUCUUUGAAGAAGCCAUUUGUCCAUCAAAACUUCAAAUUACAGAAGAAGAUUUCUCUCCUCUUAUGCCUGCUCUCUGCUCAAGUUGUAAUUAGUACCAAGUUCAAGCGAACUGCUUAGUCCCAGCUUUGUCUGGUACUAUAUAAACCCUCAAACUUCUAUCAUCUGUAUAAGAAGUUCUGAAGCAAACUUCUACUUAGUACUUGUAUAUAGGAUUGUUUGAAGUUAUGUCUGAUCACCAAGUCGAGAGCGUUGUCGUAAGCGUUGCAUCACAACCAGGAUCCAGUUCCGAAGGUACGGACGGGCAACGCUCAGAUAUUCGGACUCUAAUUAAGAAAUCAUUGUCAACAGAUACAACUUCAAUUAAGAUUGCAUUGUCAGCACUUAAAUAUUCCCUUGCAGAUAUAUGGGUACCAUUGGGACGUCAUGUUUGGGGGGCAAUUGUAGGUAAAAUCGAGGUGAAUCUCAGUAUGCGACAACGGAGGGAACUACUAGUGACAUUAGUUCCCCAUAUGGUUCUCUGUUUGACCAUGACAUUUCUUCUGCCCAUCAGUUUUCUGCGGAAACUGAUAUUAAUAACAGGGAAUUUUCUGCCUAAUACGCGGGAAAGGAUACUACUUGCAAUAUCUUGUAUUGGGUUGUUAGUGGAUCCUUUGUUCUUUUACAUUCCAUUCAUCGAUGAGAAAAGAAAGUGUAUUGGAAUGGACAAAAAGUUAAGGGAUGUAGUUCUUGCAUUGCGAUCACUUACAGAUCUCGCUUUCGCACUCCAUACUGAUGCUCAGAUUCGUGAUCUGACUGACGUGCCCUCCGACCCCUUCGACUUUGAGUAUGAGGAUAUCGUGUAUAGGGGUUUAAAGUGGAUAUCUCAAGAUAUCAUAAUCGAGGUCCUUCCUAUUCUUCCCAUCCAACAGGUCAUACUAGUAGCUAUAUUUUUCAGAAUGAAUGAUUCUGGAUAUCUAAAUGAAGCAGCAACUGGCAACGUUUUUCUUACUUUGCAAUUAAUUGCAAGGGGUUGCCAAAUCUACCACUUCUGGAAGCCAUUUAAAAGGGUUGGAAAAUGGGCCAUAAGUGCAUUCUUUAUCCUCAUGUACAUCUUGGUUGGCCAUGUUUUCGGUGCAUUUUGGUACUUUAUGUCAAUUCAACGAGAGAUAUUAUGUUGGCAUCAGACAUGUACAAAUACUUUAGGUUGUGUAGCCACUAAUUAUUGCAAGGACACUAAUUAUUUGACAAAUAUCACACUCUUAGAUGAGUUUUGUCCUAUAAAUCCAUCAAACGCAGAGCUGUUCGAUUUUGGAGUAUAUCUUAAAGCCCUUCAAUCAGGUAAUACGGGAUCAAAAAGUUUUUUAACAAAGUACUUCUACACUUUGUGCUGGGGCAUCAGAAACCUCAGUAAUUUUGGAACGAAUUUGGAAACAAGUAACCACCUGUGGGAAAACUGUUUUGCUAUUCAAAUUUCUCUUUUUGGGUUGCUACUGUAUAUCUAUCUCAUGGGAAAUGUUCAGACAUAUAUUCUGUGGGAAACUCAACAAGCAUUGGACAAUGAGAAGGAGAAAAUUAAAUCCAAAUUUGAAGCUCUAGGUACAUGGAUGGUAAGAAAUGGUAUCCCUGAAGAAGUGAAGACCGAAGCAGUGAAAAUCAUAACAGAAAAGGAAGUAGUGGAGAAAAACUACGAUGCUGAUGUGGACUUGCUUUUUGUUUUCAAUGCUCUUACUGGGGAUGAAAACAUGCGUAUCAGGAGUGUUUUGAAGAGGCAUUUGUGCCUAAAUGCCCUACAGAAAGUAUCCAUCCUUGAUCAUGUUCUUCAAGCAGUAGUGAUUAAUGCUCUCAAGCCAGUAGUCUACAAGGAGAAUAGCUGCGUGGUUCAAGCAGGAAAGUCAAUUGAUAGAAUGCUCAUCAUCACAGAAGGCGUAAUUUUCUAUACAGACAACACCAGAGCUAAUGUUGCACCUGAAGCAGGCACCUCAUCCACAAUGAAAAUCCGUAAACCACGUUUUGAGAAAGGUGAAGUUUAUGGAGAAGAGGUUCUGACUAUCGGCGAGAACGACCCUUUUCCUACAUCAGCCCGAGAUGUCAAGUGCGAAAGAAAAGUAGAAGCCUUCGCUCUCGCAUGCAGAGGUUUUCCUAACUUCAAAUACGUAUCCGACAUGAUGCGGCGGUGUAAGUCCCCAGAUGGAUCGAAUGAUCCGGGGCUAGUAUACAAGGCAUAUGGGGAGCUGACAACUACAAGAUCAGAGAAGUUAAAGCAAAAACAGAUGAAGAUACUUGAGUGGCUGUCAAGAAACGUCCGGGACGAAGAUCUGAAGACAUUGGUCAUGGAACACAUGAAGGCUAGUAAUGUACUGGAAAAGAACUUUGAUGCUGAGGUGGAUGUCAAGUAUCUGUUCUCUGUUGGUCUUUCCUGGGAUAUCGAAUAUCGUAUAAAGAAGCAGAUCUGCAUCAAUUCUCUGAGUAAGGUUCCUGUACUUAAAGACGUUAAUGAAGACGUGUUGAGUCGCUUCUGUAUGUCUCUUGAGCCGCUGGUACUCCCGCAGCAUAGCUGCAUCUUCUAUCCACUUAGCGUAAUUGAUCGGAUGCUCAUCGUUGUAGAAGGUGAAAUUACAGUGACUAAGACGACUUACAAUGAAGGAAAAAUAGAAACGGAGAGAGGCGAUGUUGAAAGAAUGAUAAAGAAACACGGUGUCAUUGGGGAAGAGCUUCUGACCUGGGCAAACCCCACUGCCCCUGAGCUGAGACAUCCUACUGUGUUGGAGAAAUAUGUAGAAUGUCCUACAAAAGUAGAAGCCUUUGCUCUCACAAAGGAGGGAUUGGAAAGUGUGGUCGCCUACUAUACAGAUGGAAUCAACAAGUUUGAGCAGUUGGAGAAGGGCAGAGAUGGUGUGGCAGAUACUGAGGGUGCAUCCAGAUCCACUACCACUAUUGACCAGCUUAUCCAGCUCCAGAGUGACAUGGUUCAACAGCAUCGUGAUGAAAUGGCUAAUCUGGGACGGAGAUUGGAGGAGAUGGCUGCAUUUUUAUCCAGAAUGGGAUAUACUGCAGGCACAUCUCCUCCUCCUGCAGCUUGAACAACUAAAUUCUCUUGUUGCUUCUGUAGUACUAGAAAGAGCACCCGCGCUAUGUCACGGGACUCAAUUUCAAUUUUAUUCCAGCCUAGUGGGCUUCAGAGAUUGCUUGCAAUUCCACAUGAAUUACAGAUUUUUCCACUAUGAUUGAUAAUCAAAACCAUGACAUGUUUUCCAGCUAACCCCUAAUUACCUGCAAAUCGAGAAGACAGACUCAUAGCACGGUUAUGAAUUCCACAAUAACAAACAAAUUUUAUUAACAAGUGCUAACAGAACAUGAGUAGCUGAUUUCAAGUCAACAGGAGUGACCAUGACAAAUGGCACUGUACAUAAAUCAAACAAAUUUUAUUAACAGGUGCUAACAGAACAUGAGUACCUGAUUUCAAGUCAACAGGAGUGACCAUGACAAAUGGUACUGUACAUAAAUAAAACCCAUGGUAAUGGCAAUUUUUUCUAUUCACCUUGACCUUGUCAAUGCAACAUCCACAAAAGUUAGAACCCUUUACAUAAAUAUAAUGUUCCAUAUGCAUCAUAGUGAUUUCCCAAGAUUGUUGUACUGGAAACAGGAAAAUGAACAACAAUGAAGGGCGGAUUUGUAAUUAACAACAGAAGUUUCCCUGUUACUCCCACCCAAUGCAAGGGGACCAAACUGAUUGAUUUGAGUCUUUGAGCAAGUUGCCAAAAAAUUAUGAUCCCUGUUUCUGCAGUCCUAUGCUCAUCUCUCAGAAAACAGCAAUCCAAUAAAAGGGAAAGAGACUCGGGUUUAGGUCUUCUGAACUAAAUUGUCAAGCAGUUGCUUUCCUUUUAGUUUCAAGUACACAACGCUCUUUGAGGGCUACUUGUGCCUCAUCAUUGUUGGAAAGUGUAUCUUGACAUUCAAUUAGAUUGAUAGUGUAUCUUGGUAUGAUUAGGAUUGAUCUAUUAGAAUGUGCUGUAUCAAUUAGCAUUCAAUUGUAAUUGUAUUAGUUAUCAUUCCUUAUUGAUCUCCUGACUUGUUGGAGAUCCUUAGCUGUACAAGUAGGUGUUCUGUAUAUAUGAUGAAUGAAUCAAUACAAUAAUUCUGCCUAAAAUAUCUUUAUUCUAUAAUCAUCCCUUCCAAGUAAAAAAA